GCCUGGGCGGCGGGGAGUGGGGGGGGGAGGGGCAGGGGGAGGUGGGGAAUUCACUCCGUGUCCCCCUCUCUUCCCCUCCCACUCAGGGGUCCUGGAGCCCCUAUUGACAUGUAAACGAGGGGCCCCUAUAAAGGCUGAGCCGCCUCCCUCGGGGCACGUACGUGACAACAUGGGCACUGAGCCCGGGCCCCAGGGCAGCUCUGGGGGCCCUGCGGGCAGAUUCCGAAAGGUGGGGGUGCUGAAGAGCUCGGGGUGGGGGCUCUGCCCGCCGGCAGGGGCAAAGGGCGAGAGGGCCUUGAGCCCGCCCUCUAACGGCCCCUGGUCCGCAGAUCUCCAAGCCGCUGAUGGAGAAGAAGCGCCGCGCGCGCAUCAACCUGUCGCUGGAGCAGCUGCGGGCGCUGCUGCAGAAGCACUAUUCGCACCAGAUCCGAAAGCGCAAGCUGGAGAAGGCAGACAUCCUGGAGCUGAGCGUCAAGUACAUGAGGAGCCUCCAGAGCUCCGUGCAAGGGCUCUGGCCGGUCCGCAGCGGCGCCGAGUACCCGCCGGGCCCCCGCGGCUGUCCGGCGGGCGUCAGCCAGCCCCGGCGGCGCGGGGAGGACGGCGGCGGGAGGACGGCUCCGCGGGGGCCGGCGCGCGCGGCGGGCAGCACCAUGGACAGCGCCGGCCCCCGCCCCGAGGCGCCCGCGCGCUGCGGCCCCUGCGCCCCCGCCACGUGGGCCCCUGAUCCGGGUGCGGGCCGCUCGCGGGGCCCGCCACCCCGGCUCCUCCUCCCCGGCGGCCUCCCCGGCCCGUCCACCGACCUCCCGGCGCCGCAGCCGGCGCCCCGUCACUGCGCCCAGAGCCCGGGGCCCGGGCUGCGCCUGUGGCGGCCGUGGUAAGGCCCAGGCGUGGCCUCGGACUCCGGGGUCCCCCGUCCGGUCUGCGGCGCAGACACAGCUUGGGGCGCGCCCGUGGGACCACCCGGACCUCAAACGUCCGUCCCGCCCCGCGGGGAGGGUGGCCGGGGGGUGCCCCGUGCCCGAGGGAGCGCGCAAUGAGACGCGCGGAGCCUCGGUGGACCCGGGUCUGCGCUUCUAGGCAGCAUCUGCCCCGGCCCCGGCCUCACCUGCUCAGGCAGGACCUGCGCUCUCCUUCUCCCGCCCGAAGGGGCCGGGGCGGUGUCCUGGGCGCCCCUCCCCAGGCCCCGGCGGCAGCCCGCCCAGUCCCGUGGCCGCGCGGUGGGAAGGCCGCGCCGGCGGCGCGCAGAGCAGACCCCUCGCGGCGAGGAGAAUCGCGGCCCCGCCCCGGCCCAUUCAGCCGCCUGGGGUCGCCCGGUUCCCACCGGAGCAAAGGGCGAGGGGCCCCAGCAACCCCCGCCCCGAGCUUCUCUGCUCCCACGGACCCCACCCCUCCGCGCGCAGCCCCCUCGGAGCUCCGCCUCGGCCGCGAGCUGCUCGCCCACCGCCCCAACCACCCGGCGC